CACCGACCUCCCAGCCUAAUCCACCACAACACAACGACUGAGUGUUGCAUCCUUUCCCAGGCUGGGCUGGGUGCCAGCCCCUACCCUUAUCUUAUUAUCAAGCGAACGAACUCCGAACCCCGAACCGCCCCCCUCCGACUUUUCUCCUGCGCCACUUCAUCAUCCCCCGCUCUACUCGGCAUCAUGCACCAGCAAGCUCGCCAUCCGCCGCGAGUUGCAUCCCCCGCUUCCUCUCCCCAGAUGAACCCCUUUCGGUCAAACAACCCGAGAGAAGGAGAAGGACCGGCACCUCCUCAUGGGAGGGCUGGGUCGGGGCCCUUGGCUCACGACCCGAGUAGCUCUCCCAGUCCCGAUACAAGUCCGUCUGCCGAGUCGUACAAAAAGUUGGAUCAAAUCAUCCAGAAUUUCCAUACCAAGGCCGCUUCGGUCAUCCUCGACUCGCGCAUGAACCUCAGAUAUGCUUCCGGGAGCAAGGGUUCCGGGACUAGGAAGAUCAACAAAUGGUUUCAACUCGACACCGAAGACUUCGAGGAUUUCAAAGAAGACCUUCGGGCUUGGAGAACAUGCAGUGUUGUCGACAAUCACCCGCCGCCGCUCGUAAUCGAGACAUACCUCCAUACGUCACGUCUAAACCCGAGCCAGACUCUUGUCGUCGUGGACGAGAAUGGAAAGAGAUGGGACGUCAUGGAGGCUCUCAAUUCCUUCGAUUCGACCGACGAUCAUCCGGGCCCCCCUGCACGACGGACCACCGAGGUCGUCCUCGAAAGGUGGCGCAUCCAACUGAAGACCGACUCGUCCCUCGACCUCGACGAAUUCGGUCCCCUGCUGCCGACCAUCUACAAGAAAAUCAUCGUCUUCUUCCGCUCUCUCUUCGUCACCACUCGCGUGAUCCCGGCCUGGAAAGUCUCCCAACAAGCCCUCACCAAAGGUGUACAUCCUGCGCUGGAGCCGCGGUGCCGCAUCCGAAUGGGCGAGACCGAUCUCCACGGCCUCGACCCUGUCCGGUACCCGCUGUACGAUGGGCCUGGCGACGUGGCGACAGACUACGUCUUUGGAGACCUGGAUGUGCCGGUGGGCCGUCUAGUCACCUCUGUAACAUACCGGAACGAAUGCACGUUUCGCAUCGAGAAUUCCGAGUCGUUGCUGAGCUCACGUUUCAUGGGCAUCGACGAGGAUUUCUUCAAGCCCUCCUUGCCCCAGCGCUCGGUUCCUCGUCGGCAAGAGACCGAAGUCGGCUCGCUCCCCUCGCAUCGCCGCGGGCCGGGGGCUUUCCAGCCGCCUCAGACGUAUGGCAGCCUGUCUACUUUUCACGGGGAAGGAGCCAUCGCGACGAGUCCUAUCACUGCUCUCAGAGCCGUCCGGCCGCCAGGAUCCGACACGAGCUCACCGCCGGGCUCCGUUCCAGCCAGUGUCGACCAGAACCCCCCCCAUUCUCUUCCCGUGACGGCCAUGAGACCCCAGCUACGCGGCGUCGUGGCUGGCAGCGGUGCGCGGCGUCCUUCCGUGUCGUUCCAGCCUUUCAAAGCCGGCUCGCUCUCGGGGUCUCCCAUGUCGCGGACAUUGGACUCGGACUCGCCAGCUUCUCCCUCAUCAGCGACGACGCGCGCUCCAGGCGCGGCGGGGCUCUAUCAGCCGCGGAACCGCACGUCCCUGACGGCUGGCAUGCCUGCCUCCCUCCGCGGUGGACCGCCGCCGCCCGCCGAGGUUGUGCCUCCGGGUUCUCCCAGACCGGGCUCCACCAGUCGGUACAGCAGCAGCUUCACCCAUCGCAGAGGACGACAUUCCGUCAGCGGCGCGAGCAGAGCCGAUGAUGAGCAGGGGAGCAGCGGACGGCAGAGCCUCUCCUCUUCCGUUGCGCAACCUGGGUCGGGUCUCCUCGCGGAAGCUGGGGCCAAUGCUAGCUCGGGGUCCCUGCAGACUGACGACGACCAAAUAUCAGAGUUCCUCAAGGCGCUGGAGAGCAAGAAGACGCUGAAAAGCUUCGAGCCCACGGAAAGGGGCGAAUCCGCAACCAACAGGACGGUCGCCCAGCUCUCCAAGUUCCACGCCAUGAGGGAUUCCAACAACGCGCUGACCGAAUACAUGGCGUCCUCUCUGCAGAUGCAGCGGUCCUCCAGCUCGUCUAGCCGUCAGCUGUCCAAUGUGCCCAGCAUGGCGGCGCCGGCGUCGGCGUCGAUCUCCUCUUCGCCGGGGAAGCCCCUGUCGCCGCACACGCCGCACACGCCCAUCGUCCCAUCGCGGUUGAGCGAAAACGCAGUCAUUCGGUAUGGUACGUCUCGAACCAGGACGGAGCGGCGGGCGAGUACACCGCGCGAGGGUCCCAGCGAAGCCGGGAGGGAAGACGCGACACGCACGGCCCAGACGGCGACGGCGACGGCGACAGCGACAACGACGACGGCGACAACGACGGCGACGACGACGACGACGACGACGACGACAACGACCCAGGAGGGGGGAACCACAGCUAUCGACAUCCCGAUGUCGCCUAGGAUGGGCACGCAUCCGCGACGCUCGAGCUCGGCGGCGCAGCAGAACCGCGCGCUGGCGGAUGAGGAGGACGGCGGCGAUCUCGCCUUCGCGGCGAACAGGAGCGUCAGCCUCGGGGCCGAGGACCGCGAACCGCCGACGCUGAGCAUGCUCCUAGGCCGUCACGCGGAGGCGGAAGCCGCGUCGAACGCGGGCGACGGCGCGUCGUCGUCAUCGCUGCAACCGGCGGCGGAAAUCCACCACCACACGACACACCACGGGUCUUCCGACGGGUCGAAGCCUCCGGGGGGGUUGAUAUCGGCCCCGUCGAGCUCGCCGUUUGGGAGACGACGGUAUAUGGGCAUGACGGCGGCGGCGGCGGGUCGGGGCCAGACGCCGCCCCAGUCUUCCAGGGGAAGCUUCACGGGGUCGAUUGGGCGCUAUGGUUACGGCCGCGGCGGCGAGAACGAGACGAUGGACGACGAGCCGUUGCUCUUCGACAUGUCGGAAAUGGAUGCCCAAGGCAGACGCAGCGUCGAAGAGGGACGGGGCGGCGGACAUGUAGGUUCCGGUUCGGGAGGCCGGACGGAGUUUGAACCCCGCGGCGUUUCUCGAAGGGGAUGGUGAGCUCCCCAUAUGAAAAGCUCAUGGUAGGAACACUGAAACAUCGUUCCUGUGGAUACUAUUUUGGGACACAGACAGGGAUUGGGUAGGCGUGGGCAACCCAAGGGUUCCCGGGACGUAGUCCAGGGGAAAGAAAAAAAAAGGAAAAGAGAAGAAAAAGAAAGAAAAGCGGGAUGGCAGACAGGUAGUUUAUUCGGUUUCAUCAGCUCACCAUAGGAUGGGGGAUUCAUAUG